AUGGCAAAACAUGUUAUAUUUACAAAUGACCAACUUCAUCAUUGUGAGAGUACUCUACUGGCAAUAGAGGAAUUUAGGAGACAUUUUUAUUCUGGUAUAGAACCUGGGCCUGCAUAUCAAGCCCGAUUUGUGGAGAAAGAUGAGCCAGCAGAAUGGUUGGACCAUACAAAAGUCCUCCCAAAUGGCCAUUGCUUGCGCUUAGGGAGAUGUGACAUCGACUGUGAUUCUGUUCUCCUAAGCAUUUCCCACAUCACCUGCACGUCCUCAUAUCCACAGGCCAGUGAAAUAGACAAGGGCAUGCCCAACCCGAGCUACUUGGUCAUGGCAAGAGCAAAGGAGAAGAAUGAACAUUAAAGAGUAAAAAAAUACACCGCUUCACUUGACCAAGGGCCUCUUCGUCUUUCCAAGAGAUUCAAGAAGAUUGAAAAUAAGAACAUUAAAGAGAAAAAAUACACAGAUUCACUCGUCUGGGAGCCUGUUCCUCUUUCCCGAGAGAUUCAAGUCUCGUUUAUAUCUUCACUCGCUUGGUUAAAUUUAAAGACAGUCCACCCUCAGAUCAAUAUUUGAAUUGUCAGCAGCUAGAAUUAUCAUCAACUUCAUUUCUCUGACCAGGUUCUACUUUUUAUUUGUGGUCAAGUUUAUAAUAUUCUACAGUUUAUGCAAUAAUUUCUAUCUUACUUUCUCAAUUCUCUCUCAUAUUUCCUGUCCUUGAGUGGAACUAGCAGCCUAGUGGAUGUAGCCAACCAUUAGUGGAAUGCCUAAUGAUAUGCUUG